AUGAUGGCUGUUCGCUACAGCGACUUUUCUGGCGGUGCGGCGGCAGGCAGCUGGGGGGUUGCAACCUGGACACCGCCUGCCGCGCGGAAGCUCCCAGGGAUUGUGAGGUUGGUGCGUGGAGGGACUGGUCCACUUGCUCUCAACUAUGCGAUGGUGGGCAAUGCUCACGUGCAUCCGGCCAACUUGGACCGUCCCUGCAUGCCAUGGAUCUCUGGACCAGACGGAGCCAU